AUGCACAUACGAACCUCAGCUCAUGAUCUGAUUGCAUGGGCAAGGCAGCUGCUAGCAGGAGUACAGGCUCACGAUAGUACCCUUGUUGUUGUGGCAAAGAGGUACUGCAUCACGCAAAUCACUCGAGAAGGUAAUAAUAAUCGCUCUCCUCCCUCUUUGCCUUCCUUUCCCCCGGAGAGCCACAGUCGCAUCCCACCCUCCGCCCCCAUUGGCCAGCCGCACGCCAUCCAGCUCUGCUAUGUCUAUGCCCCGUACCCGUCUGUCCCUGAAUGGGGGCUCCUUCCGAGUGCCCAUUACGUAGAUGCUACGGGAACAACCCCCUCCUUGCUGCUUGCACUGCUCAAGUCUCCAGUUACAGAAGACCGGUUUGAUCAGUACCUGGCCAGCGCACCUGCACGACCUGAACCAUUGAAUCCACUCCCGCAGAUUCUUAGUUCGACGCCUGAAGCGGCGCAUGUGACACUUGCCACCAAUAUCCAGACCUCAGGAACCUACCUCUGCCCAAACACCAAGCUCCGGCUCUUUUCCCCAGACGCCUUUCGCCAGCCAUCAUUCCAGUAG